AUGACGCCACGGCUUCUCCUGGUCGUGGCUCUCUGGGCGGUCUGUGUGUCCUGCACUGGAAGUGAAGGUGACAGCCACCUCAGGGUGCAGUGCCGAGCCUUCAGGUACCCAAUUGCCAUAGACUGCUCGUGGACUCAGCCUCCAGCUCCAAACUCCAGCAGACUCAUGUCCUUCAUCACCACAUACAGGCUUGGAGUGGCCCCUGAGGGGGAGAGUCGACCAUGCCUCCAGCCAACACCAGAAACCCCCCGCUGUGCCAUCCCGGAAGUACAGAUGUUCUCCUUGGUACCCUACGUGCUCAACGUCACAGCUGUCCACCCCAGCGGCGUCAGCAGCACCCUCCUGGCCUUCAUUCCAGAACAUAUCAUCAAAUCAGACCCUCCAGAGAGUGUCCACCUGAGCCCCAUCCCUGGGAAGCAACUGCGGAUACAAUGGGAUCCCCCAAGGUCCUGGCCCUUCCCAGAGAUCUUCAGACUCCAGUACUGGAUCCGGUACAAGCGUCAUGGGGCUUCUCGUUUCCAGAAGGUGGGGCCCAUGGAGGACACAUCCUUCACCCUCAGGCCUGUGCGACCAGAAGCCAGGUAUUGUGUCCAGGUGGCUGCUAAGGACCUUCUGGGCUACGGAGAACUAAGUGACUGGAGCUCACCUGCCAUGCUCCCCAUCCCUCAGGCAAGGUAG